AUUGACGAAUUGAAAUGAUUGUACUGAGAAAGCGAAGAAAUAGGUUAUCUCUUUCUUACAUAUUGAAAUGCCCUUUUGUGGUAUACUUGGAAAAAAUGGAUCAAUGACUUUUUAAUUCAAUCAUGUAAUACCUAUGAGAAUAUUGUAUUUGCUUUUCAAGAAAAUCUUUCAUUUUUAUUUCCUUAUUUUAUGUACAUUUUGGAAAUUAUAAGUGAAUAUUAACAUCGUGUUGUGGGCCGUGAAGAUAACUUAGUACCUACUAUCGGAUUAACUGAGUUUCGGUUAAAUUAUGAGAAAGAAAAAUACCCAUUGCAAUGUCUUGAACGCCAUUAUGCUUGAUCAUUGAAUUAUCUAGGUACUUGAUGCAGUAAUAAAAUUAUCGGUGCAAAGUGAAUUUGGAUAUCUCAGAUUUUAAGAAGUAGUUUGUUAGCUAAACCUAUUGUAAACUUGUUUAAAAAAAGAAUGGUUUGCUUUCCAUUUUGGCGGGAGAGCUGGCACGUUGUUUUGAGCUGUUAAAUGGUGACCUGUCAGCUGUCGCCGUCUGGCCUCGACGCCUCGUCCUUGGACUUCCGAGAUAGAGGUUUUUACUCCAAAAUUAUAAGUGCAAAAGUGUAUUUCCUGGUGCGGCACAAUCGAUGUGGAGUUUCGAUAAUGCGUCGCGAAUAGGCGUGGAUAUGGAUGGUAUGCGAACGUGUCCAAGCUACGAGGCCGGGUUUGACGCGUGCGAUCCGUUGGGUUCAGUGUUGGAGUGGUCGGGGCGAGGGCCCGCGCGCGUGCUGCGGCGGCGCUGCCGCAGCGAGGGCGUGGAUCGCUCGCCGUACGAGGAUGUGGUGCGCGAGCUGCACCGAUCAGCAGACUACGCUGGCAACUACCGCGCCUCGCCGCACAAGAGCCACUUCACGAUAAACAACGGUCACGAGCUACGCUACGACCGCUUCCACCACGAGUGCUCGCUGCCGGCCGCCGAGAACGGUGACUACCUGAUGCCGCACGACGGCAUCCCCCACGGGUACCAACCAGGAAGGUCAAAAUAUCAAAGAAGCAGUCCAACCAGACCACUAUUAGUCAAUACAAUGUCAAACACAAAAUUAGAUGACAAUAGAUUGCCGAAAGUUGAGGAAUUGUUUGAAAAGGUUGACCAAGAGAUGAUGGAGGUGACGUUGGCCAAACAGCCUCUGAAGUCCAUAUUAAAUAACCCAAAGUCCCAACCUCAAAGCAUAUUGAAGAAACCUAAAAAUAGGUCCUACCUGGAUACAAAAUCUGCUGUGGAAGGGCGGAGACGGCAAAGGGCAUCUAGUGAAUCUGAUAAUUAUUAUUGUACAUACCACAUAGGAUCUCCUGUAACAGGUUAUGACAGCCACUUAUCCUACCUCCAUAAUAUGAAGCGUGCGAAAGACAACUCAGGCACCGGAUACUCAUAUGGCACGGCCAUCAAUGCAUUAGGCAACGCUCAUCCGAGAUCUCCUCCUACUAAUUACUCCAAGAGCACUAGAUGUACCUGCAGAGACCAAGUUAUAGUGACGCCCAAGGAUGAGACGUACAAAAUGCACAUUCUUAGAACCACUGCCAUCAAUAGUGAUACUGUAGAUGACAUUCCUGUUAUUGAACUGCCUCGUCAGGACACCCACACGCCCACCCGGCCGGCCGUGAGCCCGGCGCUGCCCGUCAGCUCCGUGACCGCGAUCCCCGUCGCCAAGAAGCCUGCCAAGACGAAGAAGAAGACCAAGACGAAAAAGUCCGUAAAGAUGAAAACCAACAGCAAGGUCGAUGUGCUUGACGUCGAGGCCGACAACUCAAUAAGCAGAUCGCCUUCUCCAGACGAUUAUACAGAACAAUGGCACAUGGAGACAGACGCGCACGCCGUCAUAGACAAUCACAAUCCGCAGAAAACAGAGACAAUUGCGCCCAUCAUCACCAACGAUGUAGACCACAAUCAUGUCAACCAAUCUAUGGUUAAAAUCACUAGCAAACUCAAUGGCACUGUUGUGUCACCUAAGAAAGCAUUAUCGAAAGAGCGUCUCAAUAAGGAUCAACAUUUUUUGACUACUUUACACACAACUAAUCCCUUCAAAAGUGUGCCCACGCGCAAAGAAUCACCCCUAUGCCUACCAGAGUCAAUAAGCAGUUGCCUCCGACCGUCCCUAUUCCCGCGCGUGCCUCCUUACCUCAAGUUCGUAGGCCACGAAGAGACCUCUCCGCUCAAAAUCCCCAUGCCCAUACAGAAACAUCUGAAGUGGAAACUGACUACGAUAACGCCUAUAGUUGUGAAGAAAACUCUGACCAACUCGGGGUUUAGAUUGGUGAAGAGCGAGUGUGACACAGCUGAAUGUCCGCAGGAAGAAACGGUAGAAUGGAUAGGCAUAUGGGGAAAACAUAUGAAAUCAGUAAUGUUCCGAGCCAUUAAAGACGGUCAGAAAAUGAACCACUUUCCGGGAACUUUUCAAAUCGGUCGCAAAGACAGACUAUGGAGAAACCUACAGAAGUUAUCGUCGAAGUAUGGAAUUAGUGAAUUCGGUAUAAUGCCCAAGACUUAUGUACUGCCACAUGAUCUGAAGAUUUUGAAGCAUGAUUGGGAGAAGCAUGCGGCUAAUGAUGAACGAUGGAUUAUCAAGCCGCCCGCUUCAGCCCGAGGCACCGGCAUCAAAGUAGUUUCCCGCUGGACGCAAAUUCCUAAAAAGAAGCCCGUAGUGGUACAGCGUUAUGUGUCUAAACCGUACCUUAUAAACGGUAGCAAGUUCGAUCUCCGGCUGUACGUUUUAGUGACGUCAGUACACCCCCUACGGAUAUACUUAUAUAAGGAUGGUUUAGCUAGGUUCGCUUCUGUAAAAUACAACGACGAGCUGACGUCACUGAACGAUAGAUACAUGCAUUUAACAAAUUACUCAAUCAAUAGACUCUCUAAGAACUACACGCCUAAUGAGGACUUUGCGGCUUGCGAAGGACAUAAAUGGACAUUACAAACUCUAUUUCAAUACCUAAAGACUGAACAGAACGUAGAUACGGAUGCACUAUGGGACUCUAUAAAAGACCUCGUGAUCAAAACUAUAAUAUCGGGCGAAGCCAGCAUCAGUUCGCUCACGAAAGCCAAUAUAACCUCUAGAUAUAACUGUUAUGAGUUGUUUGGCAUCGAUGUGUUGUUAGAUGAAGAUCUCAAGCCGUGGCUUUUAGAAGUAAACAUCUCGCCAAGCUUGCAUAGCGCAUCGCCGCUGGAUAUUCACGUGAAAGGGCCGCUGGUGAGCGCGGUGCUUAACAUCGCACAGUUCCAAGUUCCCAGCAAGACUAACCUCGACGUAUUAUCCAAAGAGAAGCCCACCAAGCUGACCGGUUUGCCUUAUGACAGUAGAUUGUAUACAGUGUACCUGUCAAAAGAAGAAAGAGAUAAACAUAUUAUUUACACUAACAUGGAAGACAGAGAUAUGUAUCUCCGAGACAUCCUCUCAACGCUCACACCAGACGACGUCCGUCACCUCAUCCAAGCGGAGGACGAGCUGACUCAGAUGGGGCCCAUGGAGCGGGUGUUUCCCACAGAGCACUCGCACAAGUAUCUGGGCUAUCUCGCGGGCCCGCGGUACUAUAACCGGCUGUUCGACGCCUGGGAGACGCGCUACUGCGCCAACAGAGAGCCGGGAGUGGAGCUACUACGGAACCUGUGUGACAUCGGGUACCACUUGGAGGUGCCGCCCGUCCCGCUCAAGGGCAAAGUCACAAAUGCUCUCAGGCGAGCCUACUUGGGUUGUAAACACGUCGCUCACAGUAAGUGCGUAGAUAGGAGGCGGCCCAGAGACACCUACCAGAGCCCUCUCGCGCGACCUUUUUAGUAUUUUUAAUCUGUACAAGCUAAAUGGAACCACUAGGGAUGCCAUAGACAAUUCAAAUAUAGAACGAAAGCUAGUGAAUCAAAUGUUUUUUUGUAUAGCGCUAGAUCGUACUUCAAGACAACUAAUUUUUAUUAACGUAAUUAGAUUCGGGUAUUUUGAAAUGUACCUAAUUGUUAAUUAUUAUGUUUUUAUCGCUACAAUCCUAUUUGCCCCGAAGUUAAUCCAAGUAUUGGAUAGCAUUGCAUGAUUGGUUGGUGUGAACCCCAAUAUCACAGAGGUGUUCCAAAUAUUUGUUAUUUUUAUAACAAUUAUUAUUAUUAGAAAUCAGUUUUUAUAUGAGAGUAGAUUUUUUCAUAGAUUGUAUAAAGUAAUAUUUUGAAAAUUAAAAAGUACUGUAAUUUCGCUAUAGAUGAUAUAAUGAAUUAUUGUAGUAAUUUGCUCGUACUUCUGUAUUAUAUUAACGUAACUUUGACAUUUGUUGAACCAUAGAGCAACGUUGAAUAGAUCAUUGCUACUUUGACACUUUUUGAAUCAUAGAGUAAUUAUUCUAGGAAGGUAAAUGUUGGUGCUAUAUUUUUGAGAGUAUUUUGGAGUAUGUAGUUAUUAUGUAAUAUUUGUAAUGUAUUGUUUUUUAGUCAGCUACGUAUCGGGAGUUAGGAAAUGUAUAUGACCUAACAGUUUUAUUAUCUUCAUCGUCGUUGUAACAGGUAAUACAAAUUUUCUGUUUGAACGCUAAUAAAAUGUGUUGUGGUCCGUAUUUUUUUUGUACUUAGGCCGUUUCUUGAUUUGUGCGUGCGGCAGCGGCGCGGUAUAUGUAAAACCGAAUGCUUACCCAGCUCAGACAAAAAAUCAAGGGGGAUUUGUCAGAUGCGUAAACCCGAAAGGGACAAAAAAAAAAGAAUUAAUUCGCACGAGCGUUAAAAAAGCGUUGCGUUAAACCCCGGCGUUGCGCUGAAAAUACAAAGUGCGCGUUAAACAAGCGUUAACGUGUGAACAGAUACUUGGGAAUGCUUUUAUUCUAUUUGAACGUUUUUUUAACGGACGUUAAAAAAAGCUCUCAUGUGAAUGAAGCCUUAGAGACCGCCACCGCUGCCGGAACGACAGAAUAACAAUUAUGUGCAGUUGUUUUUAUUAUAGAUGUGUAAGCGAGCGUUUUAGGCUAUUUAUUACAAUUUUUUAUACCUUAGGUGAAUUUUUAAUCGUUAGUCUUAAGGAGUAAUCGUUAUAUAUUUUUUUAGGUAUAUAUAGAUAAUUUUUCAUACGAUAAUGUGGUGUAUUUGUGUUUAUAUUUUAUAAAUAUUUAUUAGUAUAUGAUGCUAUUUUCAUUAUUGUUUUGUCAUUUAUAUAUCUUGACUCCACGCUUUCGCAUUACCCCCUUUUUCAUACUUUAAGCAUUUCGUGAGUUUCUGACAAUAUUUUUUAUUAUUUUUUUAUUUUUUGUAACGCAGUUGCUUAAUUUUUUUUCUAGGCUUAGGUUUUUUAAUUUUUUUAUUGUCAAAACUCACUCACGUAUUCAUAUUUUUGCUCUGCCGUUUAGUCUAGUUAACUUUGCUAGUUAACAUACCUAGUCUCCAAAUAAAAUUUUAGUCCAAGUUUAUUUCAUUAGUUCAUCCAAAAUCUAGAACAUUGCAUGCUUAGAUUAGAAAUGAAAUGCACCAAUCAACUCGCGCAAUGUGCUGUUUUUCAUUACCAUUUACCUACACGCUUAAUCUAUGUAAUUCUUUAAUUAUCACUAAAUAAAAUUGAGACAUAAAGUGAAAUUAUUUUCUUGCCUCAUUUUAUUACCAACUUUUGAUUUUAUUUUCACAUGAUUAGUUGAUACUAAUUUUUAAUUAAUUAUAUACUCGCUGCUGUAAUGACUAAAAUCAAUGAGAUCUUCAUUACUGAGAAAGUAAAA